AUGAAAAGAAUACUAAGAGAAGAUUAUCUGAUGAAAUAUAAAGAACGUGAUGAUUUUCUUUACACCUGCGUGUGUCACAUAUUAACCCACGAACCCUUUGAUCAAAUUCUAGAAUACCAAAAUGGAGACAUUUACAUAGGAACAACUAAAAACAGAAGGAGACAUGGAUAUGGAUAUUAUGUAUACAAAGAAUCUGGGAGUAUAUACGAGGGCGAAUGGAUUGAAAAUGAGAAAAGCGGCCAUGGAAUUUUAUAUAACGAGAAGGAAGUUGUCUACUCAGGCGAAUGGCUAAACAACAUUUCCCAUGGUUUUGGAUGUACAUACAGAAAUGAAGAACUUUUUUUCGGAUCGUACAAAUUUGGUUUAAUGAAUGGAGUAGGAAUAUUAAAAAAAAAUAGUAGCUUCAAUUUUUGUUUAUUUCAAUCGAGUAGAAUAAAACGGCAAAUUAAAAUUACAAAAAAUAUGAACAUGUACAUAUAUUUUUAUAAAAACAAGAAAAUAAUUUUUAAGAAAAAACUAAGUAAUAUUUUUCCUGUCUAUACGGAUAAAACUACGUCAAUUCUUGUGCGUAAACAGAUUUUUCUAAAAUUAUUUGGUAUAGGGAAAUCAUUUAUGAAAUAUUUUUCAAAUCAUAACCAAAUUGAUGAGAAGAAGAAAAAAGCUAUUCAAUUGUCGUGUCAUCCAAAUGGCUCCUUAAACUACAUAAAUAAUGAAUCCAGAAUUAAUUUUAUAAAAGGUUUAAUUAGAAAACAGAAAGAAGUGCAUCCUCGAAGACACAGUGAAAAUAACAAAUCUGCCAUAGGUUGUAACGAAUUCAGGGAUCUUAAUUUUCUCCAUUAUGAGGGAACACCACAAGAUAAUAAUGUCCCCUUUUGCAUCCUUUCCAAAGGUUCCACAAGACGUGCCAUGCAUAGGACGCAGGAAUUUUCAAGGUAUGGCUCAUGUUGUAUGUCAUCCGACAGAUCACUCGAUUUUGAAAUCGAUGAGAUGAUAGAUGACUUUACCUCAAGAGGAGAGGGAAAUAAAAAGAGGAAGAAAAAUCCAUUUAAGGAAAAGCCAAAACUGAAUUUGAAAAAUUUUCUUUACAAAACAGAUUCAGAUAGUGAAAAUGAGUUUUUCCCAGAUGUGGCUCAUUCAAGUGGUUCUAACUUUGAAAAACUUUUUAAAAAGAAAAAAAAAAUUAAUAGUGAGAGGUACUCUGUUUUUCUCCUAAAGAACAAUGAAAAGAAAAAACUAAUAAGAAGGGAAAGACAAAAUAUAAAAAGGAAAAUGAAAUGUUACAAGUUACUAAUAAGUGGUAGACAUUAUAAGUCCAAUUUUGAUGAACCCCAAUUGGGCAAUACGUCCAGCAAUGAUUCAUAUGAAACGGAUUUGAAUUGUGAUAGGGGUUCAGGGACGAAUUGGAGGAAGGUAGAAAGCACAAUAUCCAGAUGCGGAAGAAGGAAAAAAAUUAUGUAUCAAAAUAGAUUUUACAAAAAAUAUUUAUCCAAAUCGAAAAAGGGAGGGGGAAUGGUUAAAAAAUUUUGUUAUCUUUUAAACUAUUUAAAAUAUAAAAAUAAAAAAAACAGAAUUGAAUGUAUAUAUGAGUGGAAGAAUUAUCACAUUUUUGUUCUUCUUUACAUGUUUGACCUGAACAAAUAUAUACCCUGUUUUAAGCAUAACCAUGUUAAUGGUUUCCAUUUCUUCACCCUCGAUAAAAGUGCGCUAAGACAAUUUGGUGUACAUAAAUAUGAACACAUAUAUUUUCUUCUCAAUUUUAUAAACACAUUUAACUCACUGCAUAGUAUGUAUCUACAGCUACUAAUAACAUGGCAAGAUAUAACAAAAGAUUCCUUAAUAAGCUUCAAUUCUUUGUCUAAAUCUGAGCUAGUUGUUAUCAAUCCAGAGGGAGAGGAGCAGGAGCAGACGCAGGAGCAGACGCAGGAGGAGGGGGGGAGACUUGGUACAAACGGGAGAAAAAAAUGGAAUGGAGAAAGAAAAACAAAGGGGAAGAGAAAAGGAAGAAAGGUAUGGUGGUACCUCUGCUACUACCAGAAUACUCCAGUGAAGCUUAAAAUGUAUUCAGUAACAAUGUGGAAAAAGAAAUUAUUCCAUUGCUCAUGUAGCAAAUUUCCAAAUGGAAUACAAAUGGAUAACAAUCUUCAUGAUGAUGCAUCAAAUGAGGUUAUUCACAAUUCAGUUCAUAAGGAAUAUACUACCCAUUUCGGAAAAAACAUCUUAGAUGUUGCUCAAAAUUUCCUUUUUCGUCAGCACCAGAUAAGCAUAAAGGAUGGUACAUUAUUAUAUCGAUGGGGAAACGUCAAAAAGAAUUUGUCAAAUUUAGAAGUGCAACAAGUGGUUAAGCGGGGGGAGAGUCUCGAUGAGCAGGAGAAAAAAGAAACGGAUGAAGUGGAUGAAGCAGGCGGAGCAAACGAAGACAAAACAAGCGAUGAGAAGGAAAAAAAUUAUGGAAUGGCGAAACAAGUUGAAGGGAGAAAGAACAAUGAGAGGGAGGGGGAGAACCAAGAUGGAGAUGAACCGCUAGUUGAUUAUUGUGAUGAUUCGAAAAGUGCCAUCGAAAGGGCAACACAAAGAAUGGAAUUUCUGAAUGAACAUUUUAUUCUAUCCAAUUUGAGACACCCUAAUAUAGUGAAAUAUUUAGGGAGUAUCAUGAAUAAGAAGAAAGAAAAAUUCGGAUUGAUUUUUGAACACUUGAAUGAUUGGAAAUGCCUACAUGAGAUCAUAUACGCAGAGAGGAAAUUGGAACACGUUCGAGAUGUAGACGGAAAAAAAGGGGAGAAAAAAAAAUACUUGAAAAAUAAAAAUAUUAUACGUCUCUUUUAUGAAAUUUCAAUUUCUCUAUUUUAUAUGCAUAAGAAAUGUAUUGUUCAUGGAAAUAUAUGCAGCAAAAACAUAUUUGUAAAGGAAAAGGGGAGAAGUGUAAAAUUAUGUAAUUUUGAAAAGUCAUCUAUACAAAACUACUACAAUUACAAGCUGAAUUAUUUAGGGGGAAGAAUUCCAGAUUACUGGGACGCUUGUAGGAGGAGCAGAGUACCCUACAUAACAAUGUUCCAUACUGAAGGAAGAAGUAGAGAUGAUAGCACCAGUAUUAGUUGUUAUUCUAAUGAUUGUGAAUGCAGAAAAAAACACCCUGAUGGUAAGUACAGGUUGAAGGAAAAAAUUAACAUACCGCUACCUUACAUAACCGCUAUGAAUGAUGGAAAGAAUAUAAAUAGGAUGACAUCAUCUCCCUUGUUGCUCUUUCAAGCGAAAAAAUUUGAGAAACGAAAUGUACAUUGUGAUGAUCCAUAUGCUGCACCAGAGGUGUUUAGAGAAGAAGAGUACACCUACAAAUGUGAUAUUUACUCCUUUGGAAUUGUAAUGUAUGAAGUUCUUUUCGAUUCCCUACCGUUUAGAAAUGAUUAUAUAAUACCAUAUUUUUUUACAGUGUCCACUUGUUUUUAUGAAAAAUUCAUUUACAUAGACAUGAAUAAAUUGAAUCAAAAAUUUUCGAACAAAAAAAUGUUUCACGUUGCCAUUAGUAAUAUCUUAUUUGUCAUGCGUCAGUGUCUUAACCCAGAGCCAAGCUGUAGACCAGAUUCAAAAUAUUUGUGCACCCACUUUGGCAAUCUGCUUAACCGCUUUGGGUAG